AUGGGCUUCGAAGACAAACGAGUCGCAAUCAUUGGUGGCGGCCUAGGAGGCAUGUCCUUCCUCAACGCCGCACUGUAUGUUGGCCUGAAGAACGUCCAACUAUAUGAACAAGCUGUGCAGUUUGGUGAAGUCGGUGCCGGCGUAAACAUCACGUCGAACGCAAACCGAGUUCUAGAUGCCUUCGGCCUGCAAGAGAGCAUGAUGCGCAAGUCCUCACGCAAGCUGCCCAGCUAUAUGGAAUACCACAACUACAAAACCGGAGAUGACAUAGGUCACAUUGGUGAAUUCUCGCAGCCCCACGCGCGCCUGCUGCACCGCGCCCACCUACUGGACUCAUUGAAGGAGCGUAUUCCUGAGUCAAGCCUGAACUUGAGCAAGCACCUAGUGUCUGUCAACCGUAACGCUGCCCCCAAUGCUGCACCUUACACCCUUCAUUUUCAAGAUGGCAGCACCGCCGAGGCAGAUAUUGUGAUCGGCUGUGAUGGUAUCAAGUCUAAUGUGCGCCGGGAUAUGGGGCUGGGAGAUAGCCCCAUCUACUCGGGUCAGGUAGUGUAUCGUGGUUUCGUCGACUACAAGGACCUGCCCAUUGAGACAGCGCAGCUUCUGCGCAAGACAGUUAACUUUCGUGGGCCCAAGCGACAUGUCUUGAUCUUGCCUAUUGGUAAUCAGGAGACGGAGACCGAUCGUGCUGCUGUGAUCGGUUUCAUGUCUGAGCCGCUUGAGGCAUGGGACUCUGAAAGCUGGAUGUCCCGCUCAGAUAUCGAUAGUCUGCAUCAGCACGUCCAUGACUGGUGCCCGGAGGUGCAACAUAUUAUUGCCGGUUUGCGCAAGAGUUCAGAGGACGGCAAGAUGCUCAAGCAGGCGCUAUACGUGCGCAACCCAAUCGAUAAGUGGUAUGAGAUGAAGGAUGACCAGAAGGAUGCCGGUAUCAUUUUACUUGGGGACUCGGCGCAUUCGACUCUUCCUCAUCAAGGUCAAGGAACAUGCAUGGCAAUUGAAUCUGGCAUCGCCCUUGCAACGGUCCUUAGACACUGGAAAAUAGAUGACUUAGAAGCUGCAUUCAAGUUUUACCAGGACCUGCGCAAGCCGCGGACAGACCGGGUCACAAUGACCAGCUACGAAGCCGGCAAGCUGGCUAGCUCAGACUCUCCCGACCAGAUGUCCAACAACUUCAACCCGGAUGCAUUGAAGGAGCGCAUGAAGUGGAUUAUGGAGUACAAUGUUCUCGAAGACUUGAGGGCCAAGGGUCAGGGAUAUUUGGACUUUGGAGAUUCGAACCUGUAA